AUGGCUGCUCUGAAGAUUGCCACCGUGUGCAUGCUGCUCCUGUUUGUCGGCUCAGACCUGGCGCGCCCGGCCAUUUGCCUUGCAUCAUCCCCCGAUGAUCAGGAGGCCGCGGCCGCCGGCGCGCUGCUGCGGGAGCUCCUGGAGCGCGAGCUCACCCAGAAGCUGAGCCUUCUUGCUGAACAGCACGGCGGCGACGUCGGCGAGGUCUGCCCUCCCGCGUGCCAGAUCUGCCUGAUAAUUUGCGCGAUCACCUGUGCUCUCAACCCCAACCCGGCAACCUGCUUCGCCAACUGCACCGUCGCCAACGGCUGCUUCACCAAGACUUUGCCGGUCGCAUAA